GUUACAGCCUAGCCCCCGGGAGUUGGUGAUUCCAUAUGGAAGGCUUGGUGGGAACAAAAAAACCAAGAGAGAGGUUGGGGAAGUUGUCUCUGGUUUCUCAUCUCAGAAUUCUACACUGUGAACAAAGAAGACCAUAAAUCGUGGCAUACCUUGGUGAAUACACUGAAGGGUUCAAGAUGGUUAGCAACAGUAAUGGUGAUAGUGAGACUAACUGCAGCAUCACUGAUAUGCAAUUUCGGUACCACUUGUAUGCAGCCACCUACACCAUCAUAUUCAUCCCUGGUCUUCUUGCCAACAGUGCAGCCUUGUGGGUUCUGUGCCGCUUCAUCAGCAAGAAAAACAAAGCAGUCAUUUUCAUGAUCAAUCUCUCUGUGGCUGACCUUGCUCACGUGCUGUCCUUACCCCUCCGGAUUUACUACUACAUCAGCAAGGAGUGGCCUUUCCAGAGGGCCCUUUGCCUGCUGUGCUUUUACCUGAAGUAUCUCAACAUGUAUGCCAGUAUUUGCUUCCUGACAUGCAUCAGCCUUCAGAGAUGUUUUUUUCUCCUCAAGCCAUUCAGAGCCCGAAACUGGAAGCGUAGGUACGAUGUGGUCAUAAGUGCUAUCAUCUGGGUCACUGUGGGGAUUGCUUGUUUACCAUUUCCCAUCCUCAGAAGCACGAAUUUAGGCAACAACACUAACUCCUGCUUUGCUGAUCUUGGCUACAAGCCAAUGAAUGCAGUGGUUUUGGUCACAAUGAUUACAGUUGCUGAACUUGCUGGAUUUGUGAUUCCAGUGAUCAUCAUUGCAUAUUGUACUUGGAAAACCAUUAUAUCCUUAAAAGAACCAUCAAUGGCUUUUCAAGGGAUCAAUGAGAAGAAAAAAGCACUUCGGAUGGUUUUCAUGUGUGCUGCAGUCUUCUUUAUCUGCUUCACUCCCUAUCAUAUUAACUUUAUUUUUUAUACCAUGGUAAAGGAAACCAUCAUUAGCAGUUGUUCCAUUGUCAAAAGUACACUGUAUUUCCAUCCUUAUUGUCUUUGCCUUGCAAGUCUCUCUUGCCUUUUUGAUCCAAUUCUGUAUUAUUUCAUGGCUUCAGAGUUUCGAGACCAACUAUCUCGCCAUGGCAACUCUGUGACCCGUUCUCGGCUCAUGAGCAGGGAGAGUGGUUCAUCAAUGGUUAGCUAAAAAAUAAAUUGUCUUUUUAAUUAUGA